AAUGAUGUGAAGGUUAUUUAAGAAGGAAGAAUGCAGGGAAUCUGGCACAAUAGUUUGAGUAGCAGUGGUUUUUCAUUGACUAGUUAACAGCCUGCUUUAUAUUCUGUACUGUGUCUAGUAUGUGGUUGAUUAUUAAUAUAAUUAUAAAAAGAAACAACUGAAGGAAGGGAUCUUCCCUUGGCUGUCAGUCAAGAUUUCUUUCAGACACAACUUUUCUGGAUAGACAUGGCUGACUCUGUUGCCUCUGUGGGUUGAUGCAGUCUUGAGGUAGGCUGAUCCAUCUUAUAUUUCAUGUUGUGAUGAACUAGUUUUAUGGUAGCAGUUUGCAAGAUACCUACUGUGCCUUCAACAAUCCCUUUCUGAAAUCCUUGUUUUGACACAUUAAACAUACAGGUGCUUGAGAGAGAGAUUGUUUCUUCACAAUGGUUUCACUUAAGUGGGAGAUGCAGUUUCACAAUCUAUGUAUCACUAUGUUAAUAGGAUCGAUGUACAGAAGCUAAAUCUCCAGAUAUUUUGGGUUUCAACUCCCGGAAGCCCCAGACAGCAUGUCCAACGAUAAGGGAUGCAGGAUUGAAGCAUCUGGAGAUCUGCUUUCUGCCCAGAUCUGGUCUAUAGUGCAGCCCUUUCCUGUUCAUAUUUUUCCAUGCUACUAUACCCUGUAUCAGAAUUGGACUUUUUGGGCAUCCAGACAUUUUAGCCUAAAAUAUGUACUAGUUUUCUUCAGCAUGGAUGGGAAUUGUGGCCAAAAAUAUCUGCAGGGUGACAAGAUUUUUUCCCCACCUUUGCUUUGCCAGGCUUUAAGCCCCUUUAUAGGAUAUCCUGUUUUAUGUUCUGUACAAUACCUACCAUGGAGUUGGAACUUUAUAAAUAUUUAGCAAUAUUAAUUGGAGAAAUUAUGUUGAAGGAAUUUUGAACAGACUAUUCAGGGGAAGCAACUGUUUUACAGAGCUGAUCAGACACUUCAAGCUGCAGUGCAAAAUGUUCUGUAUUCAUUCCAGGUAGCUAACAUUAAAAGUCAUAAAGAAACUGGAAUUAGGCUAAUAGAGCAAGCAUACUGAAUUCAUUAGUCAAAAUAGAACAGUUUUACAGACUAUAGAAUAAGAUUUUUUUGGUAUGAAAAGAUCUGUAGUUAUUAUAACAUAAUAUUUUGCAGGUAACAGCAUGAGAAAAAUUUACAUAACAAGGGCAAAACGAGUGUUAGAGUUAGCCAAGUACAAGGGAGAACAAGGGAAAGCGCUGUUCAACAAAACAUUUGGCCAUAGUGCUGACUAUUCAUUAGGAGAGGCACUCUGGAUUUGCUCCAAUCUGUUCAGUGAUACCCGCCUCAAGAUGAGCCACAAGAGGAUCAUGCUGUUCACCAAUGAAGACAACCCUCAUGCCCAACACAGCACAAAAGCCAAAUUUGCUAGGACUAAAGCUGCUGACCUUCGAGAGACAGGUAUUUACCUUGACUUAAUGCACCUGAAGAAGCCUGGGGGAUUUGAUAUUUCCUUGUUCUACAGGGACAUUAUUAAUACAGCAGAUGAUGAGGACCUAGGAGUGCAAUUUGAUGAAUCUGGCAAGUUAGAAGACCUCAUGAAAAAAGUACGUGCAAAGGAGACAAGGAAGCGAGCUUUAGCCAGGGUAAAUAUGUAUCUGGGGAAUGAUGUGUUUUUUACCGUUGGCAUUUUCAACUUAGUCCAGAAAGCUGUCAAGCAGGCUCCAGUGAAACUUUACAGAGAAACUAAUGAGCCAGUGAAAACGAAAACCCGAACCUUUAGCCGAGAGACAGGUGGUUUACUUCUCCCUAGUGACACCAAGAGGGCUCAGAUCUAUGGGAACCGCCAGAUUGUGCUGGAGAAAGAGGAGACAGAAGAAGCAAAGAAAUUUGAUUUACCAGGCUUAUACCUGAUUGGCUUCAAACCUGUAAUUAUGCUGAAACGACAUCAUCAUAUCAAGCCUGCUCAGUUCAUCUAUCCUGAUGAGUCCUUGAUCAGCGGAAGCACUACUCUGUUUAAUGCUCUGCUAAAGAAGUGUCUGGAGAAAGGUGUGAUGGCCAUAUGUAGGUACACUGCCCGUCGAAACAAUUCUCCCAGAUUUAUAGCUCUGGUCCCUCAGGAAGAAGAGCUGGAUGAGCAGAAUGUGCAAACAGCUCCCCCAGGGUUUCAUUUGAUUUACCUACCUUACGCAGAUGACAAACGGAAAAUUGACUUUACAGAGAAGGUCACAGCUAAUGAAGAACAAGUGAACAAAAUGAAGGAAAUAGUCCAGAAGCUUCGGUUCAAGUACAGGAGUGAGAGUUUUGAGAAUCCAGUUCUACAGCAGCACUAUAUGAAUCUGGAGGCUUUAGCACUGGAUCUGAUGGAACCCGAAAAGGCUGAGGAUCUGACAAUGCCCAAGGUUGAGGUAAUGGAUUCCAGAUUGGGUACUCUUGCAGAGGAGUUCAAACAACUCGUUUAUCCACCAGGCUAUGAUCCUGAUGGUAAAGUCGCCAAGCGGAAAAAAGCAGGGAACGGCACUGACCAACCUGAAAAGAAAGCCAAAAUAGAAAUCUCUGAGGAGGAACUGAGGAAUCAUGUUCAAAAAGGCACUUUGGGUAAACUUACUGUGCCAGUUCUGAAGGAUGUGUGCAGGAUUUAUAAGCUGACAGGAGGUGGAAAAAAGCAGGAACUUCUGGAUGCAGUGACUAAGUAUUUCAAGCAGCUCUGAAUUAUAUACUCCUAAUAGCUCAUCCAUUCCCUAAGUGUUAGAUUUUAGGAAAACAGGUGAAGUACCUUUCUAACUAUAAUUCAAUCAAAGGGAAUGGGAUUUUUUUAAGAGGUUGAAGAAUGGCAGACACAAGAAUUUGUUAAUAUUCUCCUCUGAUUCAAUUAUGAAAAUGUGUGCCUUGUUUUCAAUAAAUGGGACUUAAUUUGUA